ACGUUCGACAGUGCGCUUUCUUCUUAAAUUGCGCCGUGUGCGCGGCGGGAUUCUAUCCCCUCUUGAAAACCCCUCAAGUCUCCUUGUUUCAGUUUCUGCUCCCAACUCUCGAGAGAUCUUCGUCUCCUUCUCUGCAAUGGCUUCUUCCACCGAGGGUUUGGUGCCCAUAACCAGGGCUUAUCUUGCUCGAUAUUACGAUAAAUACCCUUUCCCCCCUCUCUCGGAUGAUGUCUCCCGGCUUUCGGCCUUGCUUCGAUCAAUGUCAGAAGAUUUGCUGAAAGAAUCCGCUGCCACUCCCAGCGAGAGUAUCUUGCUGCAUGAAGCAGAUUCUCCUCCACCCCAUAAAACUGAUGAGAACCUGUGGAAGAAUAGAGAACAUAUUGAAGAAAUACUGUUUUUACUAGACAAAUGUCAGUGGCCAAAACUGCUUAAGCAACAUUCAACAGCUGAAGACAGUGAAAUUGCUGCUGCUCUUGGAGAUCUCCAAGUUCAACUGAAAAAUACUUUGAGGAUGUUGGAGUCAUUCCAAUCAAAGAAUGCUGACAGUGUAUUUAACACAGUUAUGACCUACAUGCCUCAAGAUUUCCGAGGUACCCUCAUCAGACAACAACGGGAGCGUUCAGAGAGGAAUAGGCAAGCUGAGGUUGAUGCUUUGGUUAGUUCUGGUGGGAGUAUACGGGAACAAUAUGCUUUACUAUGGCGGCAUCAAAUGGGAAGACGGAGACAAUUAGCUCAGCUUGGUUCCGCAACAGGUGUCUACAAGACUCUUGUAAAGUACUUGGUUGGAGUACCACAGGUUUUACUAGAUUUUAUACGACAAAUAAAUGAUGAUCAGGGGCCCAUGGAUGAGCAACGGCAGCGCUAUGGGCCAUCUCUGUACAGCCUUACCAAUAUGGUGCUUUCAAUUCGGUUGUUUCUUCUUCUUUCUUGGAGGCGUUUUGAGGCAAGAAAACUGCAGAAGGAUGACUUUGCUAUCUUGGAACAAGCAGUGAAUGUCUACACAUCUGAGUUUGUUCGAUUUCUCAAAUUUAUUGGUGAGGUGUUUGCAAAUUCCCCCUUCUUAAUUUCAGCAGAGGUUGCUGGUGCUGCUGAAACAAGGAAAAAUGAUGAUUACAAGGAAACCAUCAUUCCUGCAGGGAAAACUUAUGAGGUUUCUUUGUCAGUGGAAUCUGUGAACUCAUAUAUUGCUUGGGAUUUCUCACUAGUGCAAGGGACAAUCAGCAUGGAUAUCGGAUUUACUGUGGAGUAUAUCAGCUCUUCUGGAGAAACUCGUCUAAUCUUACCCUACCGGCGUUAUGAGUCUGACCAAGACGCUACAAGCUCAUCUGGGACAAUUCCUAUUCAACCUUCUUCAAGAAGGGUCUGCGCUACAAAGUGGAUGUUGUACCCCCAGUCGUGGAAACCUCACUACCGGUGGCAUAAGGCAGAACUCCCCUUUGGCAACCGAAUGCACAGAUCCGUCGAGCUGUUUUUUUCUCGAUGCCUGCUUUGUACUAUUGGUUCAACUCUUGGGUUUGACUUGUUACUGAUUUAUGCAGCUCAUUCCUGGGAGUUAGUACUGUUAUUUAUAAAUAUACUCACGGGAGAACAUGUAAUGUGCAUUCAUAAAUAUGCAAGAAUCAAUGGAAUCAUUCAUGGGGGAUGUUCCAUUUUCAUCCCCAUCUCUUAUCUUAAGAGGAGUGAUCACUUGAAGCCUGUUGUAGUAAACAACCCAUCCUUUUCUGUUGUCAUGGUAAACAGUGAAGAUUAUCGUCUUUUCCUUCAUUCGUAAAUAGGGGUGGCCACA